AUGGAGUGGCUGGAGUCUAUGGCGUCGUACGGGCAGGAGAAUACUGCCAAUGGAGAGAACGUGGGUGAAGAUGAAGACGAGGACUUCUACGGCAACGGUCAUACAAACGGGACCACCGCAGCAGGCAGUGACACCUUGCCUGGUGCCACCAACGGCAGCGGACAUCUGAAUGCCUCCAGUAUUGAGAAACCAAACGAACACAACAGCGCAGCGAACACGCUCGUCGAGCCACCUAUUGUUCUCCCCCCUAACGUAGCAGAGUUACGAGCAGCCAAUCAAAAGAAGGCCGACGAACUGAGGGCAAAGCUGCUUGCUCAACGCCAGAAGACUCCAUUGAAACAGCAGUCCCGCGCCAACACUCCCAGCAAGGCAUUCAAUACUGCUACACCAACACCUCAAGUAGAUACUCCUAUACUCAGGCUCACUGCCGAGCAACGGCCCACUCCGUCCAAACCUACCGAGCAGCAAGAAGCCAAGGAGGAGGAUGUCUAUGGCAUCGACACCCUUCUGGCAGAAGGUAAGGCGGCCGCAGAGGCCAAUAAGGAACGGCAGGCGGCACCAGCGCAGCAGAAUUCUCAGUCACCCAGGCUUGACGCGCCUUUCAACGAUGCCCAACAAUCGCAGGAUCCAAGACAGAACGCUGUUCUCUCCAGCACGGCUCGGCCGCCAACAACUGCGGGAGCGGCGCAGGACAAUGUAGCUGCCAACCAUGAGCAGAAGCUGCAGGAUCUACGACACAGUCCUGUACUCUCCAGCAAGGUCGACCCGCCGGCAGCAGACAGCACGAAAGCGUCUGCAGACACGCAGCCCAGGCGCACAAACAAGGUAACGGAUGCAUACUAUGCUGACCUGGCGAUGUGGCUUGAAAUCACCGGCUAUCACGACGUCGAAUACAGAAACUCCAAGUUGAGCACCUUCAAGGAGCGUAAAGAACUGGAAGCGGAAGCCGCACGGAUCCAAGCGCGCCUUGAUAAACUGCAAGAGACCGAGCAAGCGACCAUACAAUCUCUGCGCACAGCGCGUGCUCACGCACCAGCAAAUACCCAGCGUCCUGCACUUCCUGACACGAUCCAAGCAACGCCCGCCAAGGAACAGACCAGGACUGUGAGCAACGCUUUGAACGGCGUCAAGCGCGCACACUCUCCCGAGCCGGUCCAGGCGUCUAAAGCGCGAAAAGACGAGUCGCCUGGCGGUUUUCGCAUUCGUGGCAUCAAUGGCUCUCCAGACACCCGCGGUCGGCCCGCUCGAGGUCGCUUCGAGGACUACUCACCCCCAUCGACAGGUCGACCUGACCGUAGGCCUUCAUACCCAGAUGUCCGCCGCUACCCCGUCGAGGACCGCAAUGGCCGCUCUGCUUUCCCACCGGCCGACUCUCGCGACGCGUCGUUGGAGAGGCGUCAAAGCUACUACAAGCAGGAGCCCAGGACUGAUGCCGCCGAGCGUGACAGGUUCAUGCCGCCUCCUGGUCGUCACUCACCAAAGGGAAGCAAUCGUGGUCGUCGACCUUACCGCGGCGGCAGGGAUGAUGAUUCCGGAUCCUAUCGAACCAUCUACCGUGGAAGUGGCGGUCUGGAUCUGAGGCGUGGAGGUGUACGAUACUUCAUGAUCAAAUCUUGGAACGGCUCGAACGUCGAGAAUGCAAUGCAGGAUGGACUUUGGGCGACCCAGGAGAAGAACCAGCAACUUCUGACCGAGGCCUAUGAAACGUCACGACACGUCAUUCUUCUCUUUUCCGUCAACAAGAGCGUCGCCUUCCAAGGAUACGCACUCAUGGCAUCCCCACCUGACCCUUCACUGCCCAAACCAGCUUUCUGCACGAAACUCAACUGGGCUACCUCACCUGCAUUUAAACUACAAUGGCUCGCCACAACUCCGGUGCAUUUCAGAUUCGUCGGGCAUCUGAAGAAUACUUUCAACGUUGACGAAGACGACCGGCCGAUGGCCGUGCUUAUCGGUAAAGACGGGCAAGAGAUCAGUUCGGAUGCUGGCAUGGGUGUGGUGGAGAUUUUGGACGAAGCAGAGGCCGAACGGGUCGCUGCUUAG